CGUGGAGGUAAAAUUAGGUCAUGGGACAAAACCAGAUGCCAGUUAUUUUGAAUAACUCAGGUGGUUUCUGAGGUGAAACGCCAAAUUUUUGCUGUUCCCCCAAAGAAAAUAAAGAAUGAAAAACCUGGGAAUUGAAAGCUAUAAUUCAAUGAAAAUGUAUUUUGAACUGUUUGGGACUUGAUAUAUCUAAUAAUUUUCAUGACUGAAAGUAUUAUCAUCAAAAUUUUGCUAUCACAAAUGAGUGCAAGGAGUUGUGUGAUAUAAGGAUUUGUGUUCGAACAGCGAUCAAAUAUAGGAAAAGUAAACAGGGGACAUAAUGAAGCUGUUCUUAAAGAUUGUCUUCUUGUUUACCUGUGUGUUCGUCUGUGGCGGUCAGGAUGGAAUGGAUGAACCACCACCGGAAGAUGAUUAUAUUCCGCUAACUACUUCAACAGCUGCACCGACACAGCCUCCUCACGUGCCAUGUCCAACUAAUAAGAUGAUUACCUAUCCAUGCACCUGUGAGAAGGAUGGCAUUGAAGGUCUGACGGUCCAUUGUGAAAAUGCCAAUUUAGCAAUGAUGGCUCUAGGUUUGGGAAAUAUUAAGGAUAAGCUCAUUCAUACCCUUUUAAUGACAAAGAAUUAUGUUAGAAAAUUAAAGGGUAGCAUAUUUCAUAAUGUUACUAUUGUAAAUUUGGAAGUAAGUUACAAUAAAAUUGAAGAUUUAGAAAGUGAAGUUUUUGAAACUCUUGGAGAGAGCCUUAUGUCUCUCAAUCUUGAAGGAAACAACUUGAAGACCGUGCCUUUAGCUGCUAUCAACAGACUCUCAAAAUUGGUUUACUUGAACCUUGCUCAUAAUAAGUUGACAGUAUUACCAGCUAAUGCUUUCAAUGGUCUUCCAAAUGUGAAAGAGCUCAGAGUCGAUAAUAAUAUGAUCAACAAAAUAUUCCCUGGAGCUUUUAAUAACAUUUUGAGAUCUCUUGAAAAACUGCAUUUACAACAUAACAAACUUCAAAAGUUUGAAAGAAAUGUAUUCAGGCAAAUGGCCAAAUUGAAGUACUUGGACAUUUCUCAUAAUGAUUUCAGUAAAUUUGAUAAGAGAGACUUCAAUGAUUUGUCGUUUCUAUGGUUUCUGAACGUUUCUAGCAAUCACUUAAAUGAAAUACCAAGAUCAGCUUUGGCAAGAAAUGCUCAACUGCGAGUACUUAACGCUUCGUACAAUAACUUUAAAGAAAUAGACGCUUAUCUUCUUCGAGGUUUACGUUUGCUAAGAGAUUUAUAUUUAGCUGGGAAUCGAAUCAAAACUAUUGCAAAACGCGCAUUGAUUACGCCUACUCGUUUGAGGACUUUGGAUUUAGCACAUAACGUAAUGGAGGAUAUCGGUUAUGAAAUGUUCAAAGAUAUGAAUUGGUUGGAAAGGCUUGAUUUGAGUUAUAACAGAAUAUCGAGAAUAGCCAGCUCAAGUUUUCAACGCAUGUUUCAAGUUGUCGUCGACUUAAGCCAUAAUAAUAUAUCGUACAUUGGCAAAGGUGCAUUUAUAGAAUUGUCUAAUGUGACUGUGUUUGAUAUGUCAUAUAAUUCUAUAUCCCAGAUACUACCAGAAACGUUCCAAACUAGUGAUGUUAAUAUUCUAUUGCUCCAUCACAAUAAUAUUACAGAGUUAUCGAAAGUAUUGAUAACAAACUUAACUGGUAUCAAAGUAUUUAAUGUAAGUCACAAUAAAAUAAACGCUAUCGACCGAAAAUCAUUUUCCACGAAGAAGCUCUACGAACUACAUACUAUUGAUCUCAGCUAUAAUAAUAUAACUGAAGUUAGUGGUAAUGCAUUUGAAAAAUUUGGCAGUAUACGAAAUAUUAUUCUGCACCAUAAUAACAUUAGAAAGAUAGGUUAUGGUAGCUUCGGAACAUUGUCUACUUUAUUAGAAUUAGAUGUCAGUUACAACAACAUAAGUGAAGUAACAUCUGGUGGGUUUACGAACUUAGUUUCUGUGCGUACCAUUUAUGCGCAUCAUAACAAAAUUCAAAAUAUGUUCAUAAUACCAAUUGCACUGAAUGAAGUUUACAUCCAACAUAACUUAAUAAAACGAGUACCGCCAGGAAUAUUUCCAGCAAUGAAUUCCUUAUUGCAUCUGUAUUUAGAUCAUAAUAAUCUUACUCGUUUAGAAAGAGGAUCUUUUAGAGGUUUGUUGACUUUAAGAACUCUUUCCUUAGGUCACAACAAUAUAUCAGAAAUACCUUGGGAAGCAUUAGAAGACAUGUCUGCAUUGCAGUAUCUCUAUUUACAUGGAAAUAAUAUUACAAAACUUAAUCGGAAAGCAUUUGGUAACUUGCCUGUUGUUUUUGAACUUCGUUUAGAUCACAAUAAAAUACACAAUAUCAGCGUAAGCGCAUUUGAAGGUAUGCUGCAACUUAUAAUGUUGAACAUGAGUUAUAAUAAUAUUACUUUUAUUCCUCCAUCCACGUUUAAAGGUUUGGUAUCAUUGCGGUUACUUGAUGUAUCUCACAACAAGAUAUCUUCUCUUGAAAAUAAAACUCAUGGUGUACUCGAAGACUUGCUGUCUUUGAAUACUUUCAAUGCGUCUCAUAACCAUUUAUCUUUCAUUUCAGACAGAUCGUUUCCUAAAUCUCCAUACAUUCCGUACAGAAUAAGACACGUAGAUCUAAGUAAUAACUUUAUUCCGAUCAUCACUAACACAUUUGAUGACGGAAUGACGCAUGUUGAAGUUCUGAAACUUCAGAAUAACAUACUGAAUGAAAUUCGCCCAGGUGUCUUGGGGAAUUUGACUUUACUCCACCAUCUUGAUUUAUCUGGGAAUCAGCUCCAGAAGCUUGGCAAAGGAACAUUUGGAACAUUGGAGGACAUGGAAGAGUUGAUACUGAGUAAAAACAGAUUAGGAUCUAUAGAUAUAGAUGAAAUUCUAGCUAUGAAAAAAUUGGAGUUAUUAGAUCUCAGCGAAAAUCGUUUCACAGCGUUCUAUGAGGAACUGAUUCCUAUUAUGAAAGAAAAUUUUACAGUUUUGUUUAAGGGUAAUCUUUUAUCCUGUGACUGCCACCUUCGUCCUUUGCGGUCAUGGUUGAGCAAUCAACCUAACUCGACCUCUUGGGAUGAAGUCACUUGUUACAGACCUCCGUUAUACACCGGACGUUUUUUGACAUCUAUGGACAUUGACGAGUUCGUGUGCAAGGGCGUGGCUUUCGAGCCGGAAAAUAUCCUGAAGCCGGAUAUAAAAAUUCGCGGCAGUGAAGUUAUUAAAGAUCAUGGUUUGAGAGUGGUGUGGUAUGUGGCAACUCGAGAGGAUAUUGCUGGCUUCAAGGCAACUUUGAGAAAUCUCACUGGCACCCUGGUGGCAGAAGAGGAGCUACCUUAUAAUAAAAGGGAAUAUAUUUUCAGAGAUCUAGAACCAAAAGAAAUAUAUCAUUUGUGUUUUGUUGCUGUGGAUUCUUUAGGAACGGAUCGAGAAGCAUUCAAAUCUCAGUGUACCGAUGUUGGACCUGUUGGCAAAGCUGAUCGAUUGAACAUUUCGUUUCACAGUAGCGUUAUCUUGCUCUUUUUAUGUAUGAUAGUGACAGUUUUAUAUUCCUAUCUGUGAUACUGAAUAUUGUACGUGAGGAGAUGUUUACAUGAGUGUUUUUAAAAGAUUUAUUUCAUAAACAUAUACAUGAACUUAAAAAUAAAAUUUUAUUUCUUUGUGAUUAAAAAUGAA